CCUGCGUGCGCUCCCCCUCCGUUUCUCCCUGUCUUUCCCGCGGGUCUCUCUAUCGCGGCGGAGAGCCGUGGCAACCGGUCCGCGCAGCAGCCCGCCGCCUCUCGCCGCCGUUAUUAGACAAGCGGCAACAUUUCUGGCGGACGCCGGGGACGUUCAGUCGCGACCGCGUACCCCGUCCGCGCUCGUCUCUCUCGUUCGACGCCGGCCCCGGGCCACUCGCCGCUGUUGCCCCUCGAAAAAUCUCGACUCUCACCCUUUUUUUUGCCCUCCCCGUCCCCGCCGCAUCCACGCACACACGCGAACGCCGCGAUCUAAUCCACCCUCUCCACGCGCCGAACCGCCGACGAGCAUCGUCGACCGGAAAAACGUCGCUGAAGGAUCACCUCCAGCACGAAGGCCGCCGCCGCGCGCACGGAGUCAACGCACACCUGGCGGCUAGCGAAGUAAUGGUCACUACGCCGCCCCCCAGCGCCGAACGAGCGGGGAACAUUGUUUGAAUAGACUAAGGUGACAAGACGGAGCGAGAGGCAACAAAUGCCGGUGGGCGGACGGGUCGCUGGGAAAGUCGGGAUCUACAGCUCCCAUUAUAAUGGGAAAGGGUACAGCGGCAUAAACGAGGAGAUCAUAUGGAUCAGCAUCGGCAUGGGGAUCACGAUCACCGUACUGAUCACGAUCGCCCUGUGCUACAUCGCCCGGGAGAAAUGGCGGAAACGCCACGACGGCUACUACACCUCCUGACGAACGCUGCCGCCGCCCUCCUGGGCCACUUGGUCCUUCACGCCCUCGACCCCCGGCGUCUGCUUCAGCCCGACGACAACCAGAGGCAAGCCGAGGGCGUACUACAUCACCAUCUAACCGCUCCGAUCCGUUGACUAAUGACUCCGUUUCAGCUCGGGCGGACCCGACGUUCCACAGCGAACGAAAAAUCGACCGGAACACCCUUCCGUCUCCAUUCUGCUGCUCUCUUCUUCCACCCCUGUCCCCGUGUCCACACCCCUCUGGCUCUUCUCCUUCCCCGUCCGGAAGGCUCGCGAAAGAAUGAUCGUUUCGGUACCGAAAAUGGAUUCUGAAUGCACUGAACAGAAUUGAUUUAUCGUCGGUGUAAAUAUCUCGCGGAAGACUCGGCGAGUGGAAAGCUAAUGGUCGCGCUGCGAAGGGAGAUUGUCUUGGGAUACUUGCGAUUCGUAACGGACCGGGUAUUUGCUCUUUUCGACUGAAGGGAACGGUGAGCGUCGAGUUGAAUUGUUUUAAGGCUUCGCUCGAAAAUUGUGGUUCUCCGUUUGGAUCGUGGAUUUUCGAGAUUCGCUGUGAUGAUUCGCUGUUUUGUCGUUUAUUUAUUGUUAUGGCGAAAUUAAAUGUGUUCCGAUGGUUUUGAAGAGUAAUAUUGAAGUUAGUUUUGAAUGGAAUAAUUAUAUGAUUGUUAUGUAUUGGUUUGCUGAUUUGUACUGGUGUGUCGAGCCAUGAGUUAGCGAUUCGAACGUAUUUGCAGUAACGUGUAUAUUGAUUACGAUGUUAACGUCUACUUUGAAAUCCGAAAGAAAUCUACACCUGCUCCGUUUCCCACAGCUGGCUAGAUAAGAUGAGUAUCAGUAUACAAUUUGGAAACACAAGAAUCCAUCUAUUUACUGGCUACGCUGAACCCACUCCCGAUAACCGAGAAUCUCGUUUAACCAGCAGGAACCCGUUUAACCGAGAUUCCUCGUCGUCGCACGAAAACACGUUCAAUAAUCGCGGGGAUGAUACCGAAACGCGAAAGGAUAUCUCUCCCCGUUUAUUUGAUAUGCGCAUCGGAAUAAGACAAUGCGAGGGAAACGGAAAAUCCUGCAGGGAAAGAUCAAAGAGGAGGAAUGUUCGCGAUGCGUGGCGGACAAAAGAUUCCUAGGCGACCGCUGCUCUCUAAAGUCACAGUCAAUUUUUAAACAAAUCUCCUGGCAAGCGGCGCGACAGUCUGAUUUAUGACUGGGCGCCUCUGCCAAACAGCAAUACUCUCCGCACCGUCGCGUCGCGUUGCUUUCGAGGCUUUCGCUUAAAACGCGCGUCGUAUUCGCCCGGCUGGUCCGUUUUAUGCGACACAAGAGUACGUGCAACCCGGCGUUCGUUUCGAAACGCGUCCGUGCGCCCGCACCAAGGAAAACCUGGAACGUGGCGUAUUUUAAGAUUCUUUUUAACCGUGGAACAGCAUCACUUACUUUUUAAAUGCACACCGUCGCCCAAACGUCUGGAGCCUGAUGCAACUUCAAAUUCAACCAAGUGUUCAUCGAAUCGACUUCUCACCCGGCAUAUUCCGCUGCGACGCUGAAACGGGAGCGCGAUUAACCGUUCGAGUCCCAAGCGGCGCGAUGGCGGUUCUCUGUUACAUUGUUCAAAAGUAGAAGUCUAUCGGUUCGUAGAAUCAGAUGAAGCUUAUUUAUUCAUUUUCUAUCUAAUUAUUAAUUUUCAUUUCUCUUAUUACCCGCUUAAAACUGAAGGAAUGUAACGAUCGCGUUAUUUAAAAUUUGCUUUUAUAAAAAUAGAAGAGCGUCAUUCAGUUUUGAAAUCGAAAGGAAAGAAGCGCGAUCGCGCCGCUUGGCAUUUUUCGACCGGGUUUUUGCGAAAACCCGUGGGACUCAAACGAUUAAACGUAAACCCACAGUGUAUUCUUACUGUAUUCAGGAAGAAACGUGAUCUGCCGGGGUCGCUCUAUAUUUUUGCGCGACGGCGUAUGCGUGUUUGAUACCUCGUUAGCUCCGAGUCGAAUAGAAGCUGGCGCGCAAAGAAUUUCCCCAAGCGAGCUCUCGGGCAAAGUAAAUUAGACGUUGAAGAUCGACGCUCGCCGUCUGCUUUCUCCGUUCAAUGCGGGAUUUUUGUAUUCCGCGGUUUUCUAAUCCUUUCAUCGUGACUCGCGAUCCGACGGAAUGACGCCAGUGGUCACCGGCCAACUUUGAGAAAGCUCGACGCACAAUUCUCUGUCCCAUUCCUCGAGGCUGCAACCCUGUAAAAACGUAUUUGUAAAUGUAAGUAAGAUGAAAGUAUAGUGACUCGAUGCUGUCAUAGUACACAACGUGGCGCGCGAAGGUCGCGGCGAUGAGGAUCUUUUAUUCUUCCUCGCGCCGCGAUCUUCCACGCGCCGAUAAAUCGGUCGCUCGGAAGACACGCGAGACGAUUUUGUGGAUAUUUCCUGAGUUUUCGAAAUUUUCAUGGAGUAAAUGAUAUUCUUUGUAAUUGUUCAAGGAUUUACUCGUUUCCUUGUGUUUUCUAGAUUGGAAAGUACUUUUUAUAGCUUCUGAAUAUGUUGUAUGAUCGUUUUGGUAGCCAUUACGUGAAUUUUCUCGAUCUUUUUCUAGAGUUAAUCGCAUUGGCUUCUGAGCGACUUAAAUGUAUAUACGAUUGACCGGGUGAAAUUCACUUUUCGACUCGGGACUUUGUGAUCGCUUAUCGUAAAACAAUCGGCAAAAGUGAAUUGCUCUUGGUUCCGUUAAGUCUUCAAGGGCAACGCUCGAUUCCCGGUUCCUCUCAAUUCUCUCGGACUCUUCUAUCCCCUUCGCGAACGUCGCCGUGAUCCGCCGAUGAUUUCGACCUUUUGCUAUUUUUGAUAGCUACCUUCGAUUCUAGAAAGUCUAGGAAUUCUGGGAAAAUGAUGAUCGAAUAUUGAGGACAAAUAACAGCACCAUCUCGCGGACGUUGUUCUUGAAGGAUUAACCCUUUGCACUCCGAGUUCCUUUCGCGUUCACUUUCCCAUAAUUCUGUAUUACUUUGAGUGCUUCACUUGAAAUGUUUUUCUAAAGACGAUUAGUUAACACGUUAAGCGCCACGAAAAUUUUGAGUGUUUUAUAGAUGAUUUGUUCUUUGGCAGCAAAGGUACAUAGGAACAAUUACUAACACUAGAACAAGCGAGCAGUCAAAUCGGCAUUACCAAAUUUGUUUAUGGGAACUCUAAGAAUACUGUAAGGUUUCAAUUGAGUCAUUAUUCAGUUUGAUAUUACUAAAUCAAUUUCUUUAGUAAUUCCGCAGAGAAGCAUCUGUCAUCUUUUUAACAAUUGGGAAAGAAGAACGUAGGAAUGGGUCAGUUUAACCCAUCUGGUAGUUCUAGUAUUAACUAUUUAAUAUCAGAAUUCUUUCAUUACACUAUUCUUAACUUAUUUACGUUGUCAAAUAUUUUUGGUCGACAGUAGUCAUUUUACAUAUUGUAAUUCUCUUCAAGCAAUUCAGAAAUGUCACUCACCGAUGACUGACACGGCACUUAACGUGUUAACAGCGAACAGCGUGAACAAUUCUUUUUACUGAGCUAUAAAAAAUAAUCUAACAUAAUACAAUUAACACUAGAACUACCGAGUAGUUAAAUUCACUUUUUGAAAUUCCUCUAUACCAACUUCAAGAGUGCAUUUAUCGAGACUUUAAUUGAUUAACAAUUCAGUUUGCGUAUUACUAAAUCAAUUUCUUGAAUAAUUUCUUCAAGAAAUAUCUGUUAUCUUUUUAAUCAUUGCAAAAAGAAAAAAUUAGGAAUGGGUCAUUUUGACCCGUCUGGUAAGUUUAGUGUUCAAGAAGUAUCCGUACCUUUGCAAUCAUUCCAAAAGAAGAAAUUGGGAAUUGGUCAUUUUGACCCACCUGGUGGUUCUAGUGAUAAAAAACGUCACAGUUUCGAAUAAAUUCGCUGUCGAGUCGUAUCCGACGUAGGAGCGCAAAGGGUUAAACGCGUCGCCGUUCGAAACAGCCGCGCGAAGCUUCGUUUAUUAAUCUGUAUGUACAUCUUUCACGAAUUUAACGUGUCGUAGCGACUUCGUAACGUUCAUCCAGUGUUUUAAAAAGGGACGACAGUUACACGCGCGCGGAAACGCAUGUUCCGCGCGAACGAGGACAACCUACAUGUAGUCCCGAGUGGAAACUCUAUUGGAAAUGGUACAAAGAAUGAUGCUCGGACUCGAUGAGGAAGCUUCCUUUCUGAUCCAGGCCACCGUGACACGGCCGCGCCGACGUUCGUUCGCGCGACAAAGGGACUUUAACCCCUUCACGUAUUAUUUACUUUUUCUACCAAACUCGUGUAACGUUUUACUAUCGACAAUUUGGAAUAAAAGCAACAAAAUUGUCCAUUCUGCUUUAACACGUUAAGCGCCAAAAUUUUGGACGUUUUUUCGUAGUUAUUCUUUUAUAGCAAGGAAAAACAGGGACAAUUAUUAAUUAUUUGGCGUUGCAAUCCUCGCAGUGCAAUGUUAUCAACUUCGUUAGGUUGAAACCGAGUAUCGAAACACGAUUUCCUCUAACAUCGAAUUCCCAAUGUUACUACGAAUCAAUAUACAAGAUGUUCGAGCAAUCUUUAACUCCUUGCCUUACGAUUGCAUUUCGUAGGUGCAUUUGUUACAAUUAUUUAUCGUGAACACGUCGAAUACCAUGGGGGCCACCGGUGACCCCUAACCAAAUCAAGUUACUAUAGUUCAUUCAAUUAAACGAUGAUUAUUUGAAAACAUUUCUAUAUUAUAAAUAAUACUAGCUGAUGUGACAUUCAGCUAGAUGAACAUGCAACAAUAGU